AUGAGUUACAGUAAGAAAGAUGAAGAUGGCGAUAUGGCCAUCAUGCGAGUGGAUAGAACUUCUGUCUUCCAAGAAGCUCGAUUGUUCAACUCAUCCCCUAUACAACCUCGAAGAUGUCGUGUUCUCCUUACGAAGAUCGCGCUUUUAUUAUACACCGGCGAGAAAUUCCCCACGAACGAAGCCACUACCCUUUUCUUUGGUAUCUCGAAGCUGUUUCAAAAUAAAGAUGCUAGCCUGCGGCAGAUGGUUCACCUCAUCAUUAAGGAAUUGGCGCAUUCGGCGGAGGAUAUUAUCAUGGUCACAAGUACAAUAAUGAAGGAUACUGGCGGUGGAACAGAUGCAAUCUACAGACCAAAUGCUAUUCGUGCCUUGUGCCGUAUCAUUGAUGCCUCCACAGUUCAGAGCGUUGAAAGAGUCAUGAAGACCGCAAUUGUCGACAAAAAUCCUUCCGUAUCAUCUGCCGCCUUAAUAUCCUCAUACCACCUUUUACCCAUAGCUCGCGAUGCUGUUCGAAGAUGGCAAAGCGAAGCACAAGAGGCUGCGACAGCUACCAAAUCCUCGGGUGGAUUCUCCCUUGGUUUCUCAACCUCCAGCAAUCAAAUGCCAGUCAACAAUUCAACAAUGACACAAUAUCACGCGAUAGGACUUCUGUAUCAAAUGAGGAUGCAUGACAGAAUGGCAUUGGUCAAGAUGGUUCAGCAAUUUGGGGUCGCAGGUGCUGUAAAAAGUCCGGCUGCAACUGUCAUGCUCGUCAGACUAGCAGCUCAAUUGGCAGAAGAAGACCAGCAACUACGGAAACCAAUGAUGCAGCUCUUGGACGGCUGGCUCCGACACAAGAGCGAGAUGGUUAACUUCGAGGCUGCAAAAGCCAUUUGCGACAUGCGAGACGUCACAGAUGCUGAAGUUACUCAAGCCAUUCACGUUCUGCAACUUUUCCUCACCUCACCAAGAGCUGUCACCAAAUUCGCUGCGAUUCGCAUACUCCACAACUUCGCCUCUUUCAAGCCUCAAGCUGUCCACCCAUGUAACCCAGAUAUUGAACUCCUUAUCUCAAACUCCAAUCGAUCAGUUGCUACCUUUGCUAUUACCACACUUUUGAAGACGGGCAACGAAGCGAGUGUGGACCGCCUGAUGAAGCAAAUUUCAGGCUUUAUGGCAGACAUCACGGACGAGUUCAAAAUCACAAUCGUUGAAGCCAUUCGUACCCUCUGCCUCAAGUUCCCCAACAAACAGGCUGGCAUGCUGGCAUUCCUUAGUGGUAUACUACGCGAUGAGGGAGGAUACGACUUCAAACGGGCCGUAGUGGAAAGCAUGUUUGAUUUGAUCAAGUUUGUUCCUGAGUCAAAGGAAGAUGCCUUGGCACAUCUUUGUGAAUUUAUUGAGGAUUGUGAAUUCACCAAGCUGGCUGUUCGCAUCCUACAUCUUCUUGGAUUGGAAGGUCCAAAAACAUCUCAACCCACCAAGUACAUCCGAUAUAUCUACAAUCGGGUAGUCCUUGAGAAUGCAAUUGUACGAGCUGCAGCAGUCACAGCGUUGGCCAAAUUCGGCGUGGGACAGAAAGAUCCAGAGGUCAAGCGCAGUGUUACCGUUCUUCUCACCAGAUGCUUGGAUGAUGUUGAUGAUGAAGUUCGUGACCGUGCUGCAUUGAAUUUGAGGUUAAUGUCAGAGUCUGAUGAAACGGCAGAUCGUUUCAUCAAAAAUGAAAAUACCUUUGCUUUACCAUAUCUUGAGCAUCAACUUGUUAUGUACGUCACAGCCGAAGAUAAAUCAACGUUCGAUAAUCCUUUCGAUAUUGCAUCAGUCCCAGUCGUCACAAAGGAGCAAGCAGACGCAGAGGAGCGAACCAAAAAGCUCACGACGGUAACCCCAACAAUCAAGGCUCCAAAAUCUGGACCCAGCAAGGCUUCACUAUCUGGCGCCGAAGCUCUUGCUUCUGCUUCCGAAACUGCUCAAAAAUAUGCCCAGGAAUUACUCAAUAUUCCAGAGUUCAAGCCAUAUGGUGCUGUUUUGAAGUCAUCUCCUGUUGUCGAAUUGACAGAAUCGGAAACCGAAUACGUUGUUACCGUUGUCAAGCAUAUCUUCAAGGAACAUAUUGUUCUCCAAUAUGAGGUCAAGAAUACUUUACCAGAUACCGUUCUCGAAGAAGUAUCGGUGGUGGCUAGCCCAGCUGACGAAGAGGAGCUCGAGGAAGAUUUCAUUAUUCCUACUACCAAGCUUGUAACUGAUGAGCCGGGUACUAUUUAUGUAUCUUUCAAGAAGACCAGCGGCGAAUCCGCUUUCCCCUCGAGCACCUUCACGAAUAUCUUGAAGUUUACCACGAAAGAAAUCGAUCCAACAACCGGCGAGCCUGAAGAAAGCGGUUAUGAUGAUGAGUAUCAGGUUGAGGAUCUUGAACUUACCGGAAGCGACUAUGUUAUCCCUGCUUUUGCGGGUAACUUCGAUGACAUCUGGGAGCAAGUGGGUGCUUCUGGCGAGGAAGCUGAAGAGACACUUCAAUUAAGUGGUGUUAAGAGUAUAGCAGAUGCUACUGAACAACUCGCUAAAACACUCUCGCUACAACCCCUCGAUGGCACGGAUGUGCCGAUUAAUACAACUACCCAUACUCUCAAAUUAUUUGGUAAAACAGUUACAGGUGGAAGAGUCGUGGCUAAUAUCCGGAUGGCUUAUUCUAGUAAAUCAGGAGUCACAAGUAAGAUUGUGGUUCGUGGUGAGGAAGAAGGGAUUGCAGCUUUAGUUAUUGGGUCUGUUGCUUAA